AUGGACACGCUGUUGCUCCGUCUCGACGAGAGCGUCACUGGGCUCUUCGGGCAGUGGAAUCUCUGGACUAGCGCCAUCUUCACUGUCCUCGCCGGAUUCCUCACCUACCAGAUUGCUACGCGACAAGACCCGGACACCCACCCUUUCCUCCUCGCCCGUCAAGCCCAGGGCUCCGCCGUGCGCCAACCCGGAGAGUCUCCCAUCUACCGAGCCCAGGGUUCCCCCCAUGGCAUGCCCCUUAACGCCAGCUUGAACGUGAAGGACCCCGGUGCCUCCAAGUGGUCGAGAGGGCGCGAUGGGGAUCUGAGGGAUAUUUGGCGUCAGGCCGUCGCCGGCGUGCAGGAGGACGGGCCGACGAAGGGAGCAACUGGUCGCAUCCUGACUGUGCUGGGCACCGACAAGGCCAUUGAACACCAGCUCGGCGAUAUCACCCGCCAGAUCAACCUGAUCGGCCAGCACAUCGCCGACCAGGGCGGCAACCGUGUGGCCAUCUAUCUCCCGAACUCGGUCGAGCUGAUUGCCACCCUAUUCGCCUGCGCCUUCUACGACUUGACCGCCGUGAUCCUGCCGUUCGACGAGCCCGUCGACGCAAUCAUUUCCAUGCUGCGCCGGUCCGCCGCCGACACCGUCGUGACCGCCCCGGGCUCCUUCCCCUUCGACGUCGUUGUCAACAGCUACCCUGCCCUGCGCCAGCUGAUCUGGGUCGUAGAUGAGGGUAGCAAGCAUAUGGACUGGAAUGAGGUCCCCCAGGGCACCGGAAGUAGCGUCAACGUGUCUACCUGGCAGGAUAUCAUCAACGACAGCCCCGUGGAUGCUGGAAAGAACCUGCCGCGGCUAGAUGAGCAAGAGGCGCCCCGCGACGUCACCGUGUUCUGGCAGUCCAAGCCCGGCCAACAGGAGGAGAUGGUGCGCUUCACCUCCGCCAACCUCAUCUCCGGCGUCGCCGCCCAGAUCUUUGCCGUCUCGACCUCCCAGCGGAUCGGACCCUCCGACCUCUUCCUGCCGGCCGACUCCCUCGCCAACACCCACACCCUCGUGCUCACCCUAGCCGCGCUCUUCUCCAACGCCUCGGUCGCCUUCAACUCGGUCGCCCCGCAAGCCGACGACCUCACCGUCGCCACGCGCGGCGUGUCCCCGACCAUCCUCGUCGCCACCCCGGCGGCGCUGCUCAAGACCCACCAAGACUCCAUCGCCCGCGUCAACGCCUCCCUCGUCACCCGCGCCCUCCACCGCAUGCGCGUCCGCAAGCUCACCCAGAGCGGCGCCAUGCCCAUUGCGGCCGCCGCCGGCGGGCCCGGCAACAAGCUGCGCCUGAUCCUGACGGCCGACCGGGCCGGCGCCGCCUCCCCGCGCCUGUCCUCCGCCGUGCUCGCCGACCUGCGCGUGCUCACGGGCGCCCGCAUCGUGUACGCGCUCACGGCGGCCAGGGUCGCGGGCGCCGCGGCCCAGACCGGCUUCUUCGACUACCGCGUGUCCGAGGCCGAGCAGGGCGGCGGCUGCCAUUUCGGCCCGCCGCUGACGAGCACCGAGAUCGUGCUGAGGGAUAUGGGCGCGUGGAAAUCGGGGGAUGAGGGGAGUAAGGGGGAGAUUGUUGUCCGCGGUCCUUGCGUCGCUGGGAACGAGGCCGCGCUUGGGGUGGCGGGUAUGAUGAGGGACGACAAUACCCUCACGUAUGUUUAA